CGUAGAGAAACAACUUUAUAACUUUCUGUGUUCUAGUCUCUUAAUCUGGAUUUGUAUUUUCAGUUUUAAAUAAUAAUAUAUAAAAUGGGAAAUUAUUCAGAUUUAAUAUUAAGGUCGCAUUUGAUGAGAAGCUGAAGAGUUGUAUCUUGAUAAAUUACAGAUGUCAUCUUGGAAAAUUUGAUACAAUGAAUACAUAGAUUUACCAAUGGCGGUAGUAAACUACAUAGUGACUAAAAUAUUAACAAACAAAACUUAUAAAAUGGUUUGAAAUAGACAUUUCGAGUUCGGUUCCCACGAAAGCUGUAAUUUUUAUCACCAUAUUUGUGGAAAUUUAAUAUUCUACAUCACCAUGACAACAUUCGCACCAGAUCUCGUGAAUGUCGUCACUGGUCUUCAGGGAUUAUCGCCCUUUCCUUUGGGAUCACUACCCGGAAGUAAAGUAGGCGCAAGCGCGCCUGAAAGUAACAAUGAGUCCAAUUUAACAGUAGAAGAAUUGGUGCUGCGAACAUUGGGACCACAGCGGAAGGAUUUAUCAUCCAGUGUUUUACUGACGUGUGUUUACAGCCUCGUUUUUCUCUCAGGAUUCGUGGGCAAUGUGUGCACGUGCGUUGUCAUAGCGAAGAACCAUUACAUGCAGACAACCACCAACUACUAUUUAUUCAGUUUAGCCGUGUCGGAUCUAAUGCUUAUCAUAUUCGGUCUACCACCUGAACUUUACACAAUCUGGGAAGCGUAUCCAUGGAGAUUCGGCGAGAUUUUCUGUAUAUUUCGUCAUACUGUGAUGGAGAUGACGUCUUACGCAUCCGUGCUGACGAUCACCGCAUUUACUGUGGAACGUUAUGUCGCCAUCUGUCGACCGCUUUUAUCUCACAAAAUGGCGAGUUUGUCAAGAGCAGUGAAGAUCAUCAUAGCUGUUUGGGUUGUAGCCAUUCUAGCAGCCUUACCGUACGCCUUCCAUACUCGACAAUUUUACGAACUGAAGGACCCAAGCACGGCACUUCCGGUUCCAGAAUCCUUAGUUUGUAAUAUUCCAGAAAAAUGGCGACAAGAUCCAAUGAGUUAUAUAUUUCAGGUGUCAACAUUUGUAUUUUUCUUGACGCCAGUUACUAUUAUUAUUUGCUUGUAUAUAUUGAUCGGACUGGCGUUACGAAGAUCGGACCUGACAAGAGCCUUGUCAGAGGAAUCGCAGUACGGCAGCCGACACAAAGAUAAAAAUAAAAAUAAUUCGUCACACGUUCCAAAACAACCGAGGCGAGUUGUUAUGAGAAUUCUAGUUGCUGUAGCUGUGGCCUUUAUAAUAUGUUGGGCGCCAUUUCACGCCCAGAGACUCAUGGUGCUGUAUGUACCUAAAUGGACGGGAGAAUUAAUGGCGGUACAGAGUCAUCUAUUUUACAUAUCAGGUGUGUUAUAUUUCAUCAGUUCGACAGUAAAUCCAAUUCUCUACAACGUCAUCUCUAAACGAUAUCGACUAGCAUUCAAAGAAACCUUGUGCUGUUGUAUAAAAUCCACUCCUCUACAUCCACGUGACAAAUUCUCACCAGACAGGGACCGAAUCGCUUCAAAAAAGUCGGUUGAUGGCGUACAAAGAAAUAAAACAGGAAGUCACGUGUCUUUUAACGAUAGGAUCGCGCGGAAGCAGAAGUCUGUAUCUAGUGACGCUGAAUCGCUACGUGUACAGUUACUCGAUUCACCAGUUGCCCGAAAACCAAUCUUAAGGAAUACCUCUGUUGAAAGUCAGACCUGUGAUUCACCACUUCUCAACGAUACACCACGUGACAGUCACGUGACUAGAACUGCAUCCAAUGGAUCUGCUUCCCACCACGCGUGCCUAGAUCCUAUGGAAGUUCAAUCGUUUCCGGGACAAACAAUUAACUCGGUUUCCGCUGUUUAAUCAGUAAAAUUGUUUAGAUUUGUUUCUCAACUUAAAACAAAAUUCAAUGAGGAUUCUAUAUAAUGACGUCCAAAAUUUUAACUGGGGAUGCUGGCGUCCAAAAUCGUGACUGGGGAUGCUAACUUCCUCUCACAAGUCUUGGGAAUGGCCUCAUACCGAAUUUACAACAAGAAAAGUUUACAUUGUAUUUAAGUCAUUUCUCUCAUUAGCAAAAGCUGAAAUGAAAAAGUGGUUAGAUAAUUGGUCUAAACGCAACCAAUGUAACAGACGAAUUAACUCUUUUAAGCUUCGAGACACCUGGAAAUGAAGUGGAGAUUAACUUCCAACUUUUCUGCACCCACUGGGCCAAAUGAAGACGGGGAUGCACCGAGGACCUGUGUUGUGUGAACUAUGCUAUGGGCUUUACAGGGUUAAGGCUUGUGUCUCAAUAGGUGUCUUUUGAACGUCAGUAUAUCGUUAAAAGAGGAUCUGUGUUGUAUAGACAAUAUUGUGGGCACUACAGGGUUAAAGCCUGUGUCUCAAUAUUCUCUCACUGCCUUAGUAUAGGUGUUUUGAUUAUUAGUAUGAAACGGGGCCUAUGUUGUAGAACAUUAUGUGUUGUAUGGACUAUGUUGCAGAACAUUGUGUGUUGUAUGGACAAUGUUGUGGACACUGUGUCUCAAUAUUCUCUUACAGUCUUAGUAUAGGUCUUUUGAUUAUUAGUAUGAAACGAAGCCUAUGCUGUAGAACAUUAUGUUUUGUAUGGACUAUGUUGCAGAACAUUGUGUGUUGUAUGGAAUAUGUUGCAGAACAUUGUUUGUUGUAUGGACUAUACUGUGGGCACUACAGGGUUAACGACUGUAUCUCAAUAGUCUCUCAAAGUCUUAAUAUAGGGGAAUUUUAAAUGUCAGUAUGAAACGGAGGCCUAUUUUGCAGAAGAUUAUGUGUUGUAUGGACUAUUUUAUGGGCACUACAGGGUUAAAGCCUGUAUGGACUAUUUUGUGGGCACUACAGGGUUAAAGUCGGUAUGGACUAUGGUGUGGGCACGACAGGGUUAAAGCCUGUAUGGAAUAUGUUGUGGGCACGACAGGGUUAAAGCCUGUAUGGACUAUGUUGUGGGCACGACGGGGUUAACGACUGUGUCUUAAUAUAGUCUCUAAGAGUCGUAGUAUAAGAAUUGUUAAUGUCAGAAUGCAACGGGUUGUAGAACAUUAUGUUCUUAACUAGUGUUAGCAUGCGCGAGGAGAUCUUUAAAAUACAUGUAAUAUAUUGUUGGUCUACUGGUCGAUCUUUCAGUACUAUUGUAUAAAUAAAUAUCAUUUACCAUUGUAAAUCGGAUGAGACCGGGUGAUCUAAAGUGUGCACUGGAAAUCACAAGGUACGUCAUAUACAGGUCACAAUUCUACGGAAUACACUUACUGCUUAUUCAUAUUGAGCGACGUUGCUCAGUAAUAAGCAGUAUUUGUAUUCCAUAGAAUUGUUACCUGAAUACUCCAGUUCAAUUACUAAAUGCCAUUGUAGAGGGAUGAGGUAUGUCGUUGAGUCGUUGAUUCAAUACCAAGCUUGUACGUCACAAGGAGUAAGACUGUCCGCCUAACCUCGUGGGUUUUUCGUUUCCUUAUAUUGUUAAAGGCCUAUACGUACCACACCCUGCUCUCUCUUAUAGAUUAGAAUAUGUUGUUGUUAGAAUAGCUGGUAGGCGUAGAAAUAGAAUGGGGAUGGCGGAACGGGGGGAGGGCAACGAAUAUACCGGGGUGUGGACAGUAAAUAUAACGGGACGGGGCAGUAGAUAGGACGAGGGUACCGGGAUAGGGAGUACAGUAAAUAUACCGGGGUGUGGACAGUAAAUAUACUGGGACAGGGGCAGUAAAUAAGACGAGGGUGACGGGGGGACCAUAAAUAAAAUGGAUUAAGGACAGUAGAUAUCACGGGAUGGUGAAGUAAGUAGAACGGGAGAGGGGAGGGCAGUAAAUAGAACUGGACGGGUGCAGUAAAAAUAACGGGACGCGGCCAGUAAAAAGAACCGGGGAGGGGGAAAGAGUAAAUGGAGUGGUAAGAGAGAGCACUCACAUCGGGGGUGUAAAUAGAGAUUGGAGCAGUAAAUGGGACUGGACGGGUCAGUAUGUAUUAACAGGGUAGAAAUAUAACUCGGGGACCGGGGGGGGGGGCGGUGGCAUAGGACUAGGAUAAAGCCACUAUUAGCAGUGCGUCUUUUGAAUAUCUAGGACCAUACGUCCAUGAAUCGGAUACGGUUUAUUAAUAAAGACGGUAGUUUAUAAAUAUCCCCUAAAAACCUGAAUAUGCCUCAAACACUUGAAAGAAGACGGAACCCCCGCUCUCAGGGUCCAAUGACCUCACCUUACCCCUUUGCAUUCCACACUUAACCAUAGAGAAAACUUUCUAUUGUAAAAAAAAGCACUUUGGAUUCACCUCGUGGGAUUUCUCGGAAUCCUCCGGUCCCCGCCCCCCACUGCUAAAGACCCCUACACACCAGCAAAUUAUUGAAAUAAAAUUUAACCAUAUGUUAGUCCCUAAAUGACCUGGUUUCUGUCGAGUGAACGUUACCCCCCAUCUCUCUCUCUCUCUCUCUCUCUCUCUCUCCCUCUCUCUCAUCUCUCCACGGCCUCCUCUUAUUUCGAAUUUCAACUGUCAAUAUAGUUCUUUCACUUGCACGAAAACAUAUACACGAGACCCCUCUGGUUUCUCUAAAAGACAGCCAUGGAAUACACAGGUCAAAAGUCUAUUGAAUACAAUAACUGUGUAUUACUGGUUUACGUUUCGACAUGAUAAAGACCCGAGAAGCUUAGUCGCACCGUCACUCAGUAAAACAAUAACUCAUUGUAUUUCAUGGAAUUGUGAUACGGGGUAAUUUACGAUACGUUAAACCCAAUACCUCUCCUGCUAUUAAUAUGUAAAUAUUGUUGAAUCACCGAGGUAAUUUACGAUACGUCAAACCAAAUACCUCUUCAGGUGUUGAUAUGUAAAUAUUGUUGAAUAACCGAGGAUAAAAUAAGUAUAUAACUCUUUUUAAAGUUUGUAUAAAUAUAUACAUAAAUGUUUGGACAUCUACACGAAUUAUCAACAUAAUCAAAUAUAUGUAAAAAUAGAAAUGUACUGAAUAUGUCUUUUAUUAUAAU